CUUUCCCCUUAAGCCCUAAAUCAAAGCCAAAGACUAAAACAAUCUUUUACACUUUGGCUGCUUUGCUUAGUGUCUCUUUUGCUUGUGCUCUGUUUUGCCCUGUUUUUCAAGAGGUGAUUUCUCUUUUUUCUAAUAGAACAAAAGUUCUCUGCUUCUGAAAACAGAGUGACUGCAAACUUUAGAGAAUGUAUGCAGAUACUGGGCUGUUGCUUCCCUAUAUGCAGAAUUUCUAUCAAGAUAUUCAGCAACUUGAAGACUACUGCAACUACCAGAAGAACAAUGCUUCAAUGCUAGUGAAGAGUUGAGGGGCUGCAAUUUGCACUUCUUUGUACUUCAAUUUCGCGUUUGUUUUCUACUAACAACAUAAUUCAGACUUCCACCAUAUCAGAAUAUGACCUGGGAGGAGAAGGGGAUCUAUUCAAAGCUCCUGAACCAAUCAUUGAACUGCCACUUGGGGGCCUUGAUCCCAUGACAGCAGCCAUUUCAAUGAUCUCCUGUGGGGAAGAAGUCAUCUCCUCGCAAGGACUAAAGGUGGCAGAUAUUGAAUCAAUUCAAACUGACCAACUUCUGAGUGAGGUUUUCUAUGAGUGCAAGAAAGACCUCAUGGAAAAAGCGGCCAUAGAAGCACCACUCUCAGAGAUUCUGGACAUCAAAAUUCCUGUCUUGCGGAUUAAUGAGAACCAGAUUGAAGAAAAAAAACUCCUUCCUGAUGCACCAUUACCAAAAAGUGUCAGCUCUGGAUGUUUGAGCUCAAUAGAGUGGGUGCAAGGGGCUGCAGUGAAGCCAAAUUUUCUGGAUUUUUCGGGAGUGGAUCUUGGAACUGUUUAUGGGAUGAGAAGAGCAUAUAGCGAGGGAGAUAUAAAGACUCUUGGUAAUGGCAACAUGGGCGUCAUCCAUUCUCCCCUUGAUCGGCCAUUAAUUAUCAGCAGCUGCACGACUGAAGACCGUAGGGAAAAGCUUUCCAGGUACAGGAAUAAGAAGACAAAGCGGAAUUUUGGCAGGAAAAUUAAGUAUGCUUGCAGGAAGGCUCUUGCAGACAGUCAACCAAGGAUCCGAGGAAGGUUUGCAAAGACUGAAGACUCUGAUGUUUCCAGGAGGCAAUAGCUUUUAACUAAUUCAGGAAGACAAGGAAUAGCAUGAAAUGGUCGAGUUAUGCAGUAAUGAAAGAAAUUAGUAGGAACCUAGGGCUGGAAAAUAGGUUUGGAGGAAGGUAAACAAGUAUUGUAAAAUAAACCUCCCCACCCA